ACGAAUGUGAAGCAGCCUUCCAAUGUUUGCUUAAAAGUUCAUCCCGUUUGGAUUAAGUGCAUCACAAGUUCGUACUAUAUGUACAAAAAUAGUUGUGCACUGCAACAAAUAAAUCUCUCUUGGAGACAACAAAGAGUGGUGCAAAUAAUUGGCUAGGUUCAGUUGUCAGUGUCUCAUUCGUCAGGAUGAGUGGCGACAAGGACGUAUUUUGGGCGCGGCAUUGCGAUCCCGAAUCCUGCACAUCCGAUCCCAUUGAAGCCGAGAAUUCGUCGGGAAAGUUACCAGACUGGCUUUCAGGGGUUCUCUACAGAACUGGGCCAGGGGUUCAGAAGUUCGGGGAAGAUCAAUACCUCCAUGCCUUUGACGGCAUUGCCAUUCUUCAUGCUGUGGAGAUCCGUAAUGGUAAGGCGAAGUAUCGCAACCGGGUCUUGGAAUCCGAUUCGUUCAAGAAGAACAUGGAAGCUAAUCGGAUCAGUGUGACCGAAUUUGGAACUUUUGCCACACCGGAUCCGUGCAUUACAAUACUGGGAAAGUUUGCCAAUCGGUUCUUAACCAUUCCUAAAAUUGAGGAUGCCACCGACAAUGGAGCCGUCAAUGUUUUCUUCCAUGGUGACGAGCUCUUCGCUUCCACUGAAACCAACAAAAUUCGUCGUGUGGACCCCGCAACACUCAAGACCAUUAACGGUGCCACCCAUCACUCCCAAAUCCCCGGUUUGGUGGCCGUUCACCGGGCCACUGCUCAUCCUCAUUCCGAUCCAGACGGCACUUUGUACAACUUUGGCAGUGGCAUGUACCGGGGUAAACGGUUCCACAGCAUCAUCAAGUUCCCACCUCCACUUCAUGGUGCUGAAGGUCAAUACCAAUCGUCUCACGACCAAGCCAUCCGGGUGGCUGAUGUUCCUGCUCGGCACAAUUGGCACUUGCCCUAUUUCCACAGCUUUGGCAUGUCCGAAAACUAUUUCAUUCUCCCGGAGUCGCCCAUGACCAUGAACAUGAGACGAGGCCUCUUUAUGAACAUGACCCAAACGCCUCCGGUGGAUUUCUUUGAUUGGGACCCGAAUGGCACAUCGACUUUCAUUUUGAUCCACCGAGAUACGGGGAAGAUUCAUCCUGUCCGAUAUGAUGCCCGUGCUUUUGCUUGCUUUCACCAUAUCAAUGCUUUUGAAAAGAAAGGUCAGAUCGUCGUGGAUUUGUGCGUAUCUGAAGGUGAUUUGUACGGAAAGCUGUAUAUUGAGGCUUUGAAAAAUGGAACAGCUAAAAUCCCACCUUCUGAUCCCAUCCGGUUUGUUUUGCCCUUGGAGAUCCCUGAUGAUGCUGGAGUUGAAACUAAUCUGGUUACGUUGAAUGAUACGGCAUGCCAAGCGUUUAAGGUAUCGGAGAACCUAAUGCGUGUGACUGAAGAGAGUCUGGCCAAGGAUCAUAUGGAAAUGCCAAGGAUCAACUACGGGUGGAACACAAAACCCUACCGUUACUUCUAUUCAGUUUAUGUUGACAUGGAAAAGCUGGAUUUCUCCAGGCUCUACAAGAAUGAUGUGAAUACCAAAACUUGUGUGGGAGCCUUUGCAGAAGAUGAUAUUUGGGUAUCCGAACCCGUUUUCGUUGGUCGUCCAGGCUCAGAUGAAGAGGAUGACGGUAUCGUUUUGACUCUCCUAACCAAGAAAGAUGACCUGACCUACGUAGGCCUUUUGGCCUUGGAUGCCAAGACCUUCCAGGAGGUGGCUCGGUUCAAUUUCAGAGCCAAAGGACCAGUCACACCCACUCUACACGGAACCUUUAAUCCCAAUCCUGGCUCUGUUUUUGCAUAACAAUAUGUCAAGCUCUGAGAUAAUAUGAAAUGUCUCGCACGUCAUCCUUCUUUCAUAUCCAGUAAAUACACAUGUUGUGGUUAUAUUUCAAUGUGUCUGACAUUGUGCUCUUGUCUUGCAAUUUGAAGGCUGCAUUGUUCCUCGUAUAACUUGGAAGCAAUAAAGUUUUGCCAAGUUCA